AUGGCGCCUCUGAGCCAGUUGAGCAGACAGAUCAACUCCACCUGUGGGGCAGAGAACUCCACAGGGGCCAGCCGGGCCCGCCCGCACACCUACUACGCACUCUCCUACUGCGCGCUGAUCCUGGCCAUCAUCUUCGGCAACGGUCUGGUGUGUGUGGCAGUGCUGAAGGAACGGGCCUUGCAGACCACCACCAACUACCUGGUGGUGAGCUUGGCUGUGGCUGACCUGCUGGUGGCCACCUUGGUGAUGCCCUGGGUGGUGUACCUGGAGGUGACAGGUGGAGUCUGGAACUUCAGCCGCGUUUGCUGUGAUAUAUUUGUCACCCUGGACGUCAUGAUGUGUACGGCCAGCAUCCUGAACCUCUGCGCCAUCAGCAUCGACAGGUACACCGCAGUAGUCAUGCCAGUUCACUAUCAACAUGGCACGGGACAGAGCUCCUGUCGACGUGUGGCCCUCAUGAUCACAGCUGUCUGGGUGCUGGCCUUUGCUGUCUCCUGCCCUCUCCUCUUUGGCCUCAACACCACAGGAGACCCCAGUGUCUGCUCCAUCUCCAAUCCUGAUUUUGUCAUCUACUCUUCAGUGGUGUCCUUCUACCUGCCCUUCGGAGUGACUGUCCUCGUCUACGCCAGGAUCUACGUGGUGCUGAGACAGAGGAGACGGAAACGGAUCCUCACUCGACAGAACAGUCAGUGCAUCAGUGUCAGACCUGGCUUCCCUCAACAGCCACUCUCCCCUAGCCAGGCACACAUGGAGCUGAAGCGUUACUACAGCAUCUGCCAAGAUAGUGCCUUGGGGCGACCCGGAUUCCAAGAAGCCGGGGGAGAGUUGAAAAGGGAGGGGAGGACUCGGAACUCCCUCAGCCCCACCAUGGCACCCAAGCUCAGCUUAGAGGUUCGAAAACUCAGUAAUGGCAGGUUGUCGACAUCUCUAAAGCUGGGGCCCUUGCAGCCUCGUGGAGUGCCACUUCGGGAGAAGAAGGCAACCCAGAUGCUGGCAAUCGUGCUUGGGGCCUUCAUUGUCUGCUGGCUGCCCUUCUUUUUGACCCACGUUCUCAAUACUCACUGCCAAGCCUGCCAUGUGUCCCCAGAGCUUUACAGCGCCACCACGUGGCUGGGCUACGUGAACAGUGCCCUCAACCCCGUGAUCUAUACCACCUUCAAUGUCGAGUUCCGUAAAGCCUUCCUCAAGAUCCUGUCUUGCUGA